GGGUGUCUGGAAUCCAAAAUGGCGAAUAAGCGCAUGGUUUACGUUGGUGGUUUGGCAGAAGAAGUUGACGAGAAAGUCCUUCACGCCGCUUUUAUUCCUUUCGGAGACAUUACAGAUGUUCAAAUACCAAUGGAUUACUCAAGUCAGAAGCAUCGAGGAUUCGGAUUUGUGGAAUUUGAGCUCGCAGAAGACGCUGCGGCUGCUAUUGACAACAUGAACGAAUCCGAACUCUUUGGGCGAACAAUUCGUGUGAACAUCGCCAAACCAAUGAAGAUCAAGGAAGGUUACAGUCGUGCUGUGUGGAGUGAAGAUAGCUGGUUAAGCAAACACGCAGGGCAGACUUUAGAGGAUGCCGAAAUGAAAAAUUCGGAGGAUAAAACUGAGGAAUCUACCGAAGAAGCAAAUGCAAAACUAAAGAAAGGAAAUCCGCGAGUAUUCAUGGAUAUAACUAUCGGGGGACGCCAGUCAGGAAGGAUAACUAUAGAACUAAGACAUGAUGUUGUUCCUAUGACUGUUGAAAACUUUCGUGCCCUCUGCACCCACGAAAAAGGCUUUGGAUAUCGAGGCAGCACGUUCCAUCGAGUAAUCCCCCAGUUUAUGUUGCAAGGGGGAGAUUUCACCAAGCACGACGGUACGGGGGGAAAGUCAAUUUAUGGUCAGAAAUUUGCAGACGAGAACUUUGUGCUGAAGCAUACUGGUGCUGGUGUUCUAUCAAUGGCUAAUUCUGGCACCAAUACCAAUGGCUCCCAAUUUUUCAUCACCACUGAGAAAACUGAUUGGUUAGAUGGAAAACAUGUUGUGUUCGGUCAUGUUAUUGAUGGAAUGGAUGUUGUCAGAAAAGUAGAAGCAACUGGAUCAAAAAGUGGUAAAACAAGCAAAAAGAUCGCGAUUGAAGACUGUGGCGAGUUAUAGCGGUCCUUGUUUAGAACUAAUGACUAGCUGUCUACUUUCUUUAUCUUAUCGUCUGUUUAGCUGCAAGCAGGCUCUCGUGUUUGAGUUUCGCCUUUUGGCCCUUUUUUCCGGCCAUAGCCGCCAAUAACAGGAUCGGAAACCGCCUAGUGAAAUAGUUAUUGAAACCUCCGCACUACAGCUGUACAUCCUCAUGUCAUUUUUCGACAUAAAUUAUAACUACAAAACGGUAGUGAAGAGCACUCAAGUUGAAUGCUUGAAAAGGUUAGCUAUUUGUUGAGAAAUAAACGCACUUGUUAGCUGUAGAAUA